UUACAGUUUAAUUAGGACGGAAAACUUUUAAUUUCCUCCGAGAUAAUUUUCUGCAUCUCAAUUAAAAGUUGACGAAACAGUGAAAAAAAUACGUAAAAAAAUUUGAGGGUGCUGUGCAAACAAAGAAGAAAGACAAAAAAAUUGUAAAAGAAUUAUCUACCAUGGCCACCGAUGAAGAACCUGUCGCAGUUGAGGAACAACAGCCAGAAGCGCCCGCUCCAGCAAAGGAAAAGAAGUCAAAAAAGGAGCCACGGAUGAAAUGGGUCGUGGAAAUGGAUGACAAUGUUUAUAAGCCGCCAGAGGAGGUCGAGCAAGGCGACGAAAGUGCUCUCGGUUACUUGGAAAUGGAAAAAUUGCUUGAAUUGAGAGAAGCGUUUAACGUCAUUGACUUGAAUCAUGAUGGCUUGAUCGAUUUUGAAGAUUUGAAGGGAUUGUUCUUGAGCAUGGGAUCGAGUCAAGAUGACGAAACUAUCGCUGGAAUGAUUGAAGAGGGUAACGGUCCCCUUAACUUUGAACAAUUCGCGAAAAUGAUGUUGCUAAAAACCUGCGAUUUGGAUACCGAAGAAGACCUACGAUCAACUUUCCAAUUGUGGGACAAGAAAAUCGACAGUGGCCUCAUUAACGAAGACGUCUUGCUCACGGAUCUCAUUUCCAAAGGCGAACGCAUGACGGAAAAGGAAGCUUUUAAGGCACUCGAAGAAGUUGUUUACCAAAAAGGCACGGAAUGCAACUUUGGCAGCAUGGGCUCUCCCAUGGUCGACUAUCCAGCAUGGUGCAAAAAGAUUUCCGCCUUCCGAAGAAACCCCAAGGACCCGAGUGAGCCCCCAACUCCACUGCCCGUGACACUGAAACAAGUCGAAAUCGAGCACGAGGCAUCUCUGGCACCGCCAGAGCAUAAAAAGUAAAUUCGUCAAAAGUCCCCUGAGCAACUCACAAAAUUAUUUAAGCAUUGACCUAUUUUUUUUUCUUUUGCCAUCAGCUUGCAACGACAUGUAGAAUAGAACAAAUUGUGCUUUACGAAUAGUUUACUUAACAAAAAAAAAAAUAAAAAUUUUCUUUUAACGAAAAAAAAACGUUAAUCCAUCAUCAUUUGUCACCCGAACACCAUCAAUUUCCCGAUCGUCACCUAAAAUCGGGAGAAUUU